GCAGUAAAUAUUUGACACGUGACAGUGACAAACAUGCAUGGUUUGCUUUGUGAGCAAACCAGUUUCUGAACAGAAGAAUACGGCUUCUCACAAAAAAAAUUGGGGUGCGGUUACUCUUUGACCAAGAUCUCAUGAGCCUCCCCCUUUCGUCAUAUCGGUGAGAGUUUAACCAAUAAGAAGGCUCUCUGAUCAGACUUUGUACCAGAGCAAUUCUGUGCCAACUUUCUCUAUGUCACUCACUUUGGUAUUGCCACUCUGUCUGUGACAACCUCAGCGACUUUGCCAUUCAAAGGUUUGUUUGCCUGUCGGGUACGUAUUUGAACCUUUUCCAGCAACACAUUAUUGCUACAGUCUAGCUUUCCUUUAAUCUGCUGAGGAAUUUGCUCGACUAAAGAGACACACACGCUCACACCCAGUCUCACAGUCACGCACACACCCACUCAGUGACAUGUGCACACACUUGCACUCGUUCUAGAGUAGAGUAGAGUAGAGUUCUAGUCUACUUAUGUAGUCAGAUGUGCACAGCCUCAAUCACAAGUAGAUUUUACAGAAUCUGAAAUGGCCUACCGGGCUAUCCUCCCAAUCUUGCUCCUGCUUUCGGCCACACUUUGCCUGGCCGUACCAGAGGACACGACCCAGGCCGGUGGGAACACAGUAGCACCAGAAUUACAACCAGCAGCACCAGCUCCACAGGAAACAGCUGGGCCAGCAGCAACACCUCCGCCAGAGGACUCGGCCCAGGUAGAUGUUGGCAUCACAUCAGCAAAACCACCACCACCAGUAGCAGCAAAAGAAGCAGAAUUAGCACCAGCAGAAAAUGCAGCAGAAGACACGGCCCAGGCUGAUGGGAUGACCAAAGCAACAGCAACAGGAGCUGAAGAGACGGAAGAACCAGCACAACCACCACCAGCAGCAGAGUCAGCAUCAGUACCAGCAGAGCCAGUGGUGUCAGCACCAGAGCAUCCAUCAGCAGCAGCCACAGAAGCACAGCCAGCAGCAGUAGCACCAGGAAAAGUGGUAGUAUCAGCAGAAACGGUAGCAGAUGCACCAGCAGAGGACAUGGUUCAAGACCCGGCAACAUCACCACCAGUAGUAGACUCAACAGCAUCAGAGCCAGCAGCAGUUGCAGAAGCAGAAGCCUCACUAACAGCGGAAGCAAAAGCGCCAGCAGCAGCACAACCAUCAAAGCCAGCAGCAACCGGAACAGUAACACCAGCGCCAGCAUCAGUAAAUGCACCGGAAGACACUGUAGAAGUUCAAGCUGGUGGACAGACCACAGAACCAUCACCACCACCCCCAAGCGCAGCCACACCACAGCCACCAAGAGUACCACCAUCUCCUCCAGGUAAGCUGCUGGUGGUGCCCAUGGACGGGAGCCACUGGGUGGGCAUCAAGGCGGUGGCGCAGGAGAUGGGCCGCCGAGGCCACAAGGUCACGGUGGUCAUCCCGGAGGCCAGCAUGCGUCUGGGGCCCGGUGAGCACUACCAGACCCUCACUUACCCCGUGCCCUACACACGGGAGCAUGUGUACAAGCUGCAGUCGCACCACAGCGAGCUGCUGGAAAGCAUGAACACGACGGUACCCCUGCUGGAGAGGAUUGAUGAGCAGUGGACCCGGAAGAAAGAGGUGCACAAUUUCCUGGCGGUCACCUGUGAGAGCUUGCUGUUCAACGAGGAGCUUGUGGCGUUCCUGAGGGAGCAGAAGUUCGAUGCUGUGCUGACGGACCCAAUGGUGCCCACCGGCGCCAUCCUGGCGCAGAACCUGUCCGUGCCGCCAGUGUACAUGCUGCGGGGCAUCCCCUGCGGGUUGGACCUGGUUGGAGCCGCCUGUCCGAGCCCUCCGUCGUACGUGCCACGAUUCUUCAGCGGUGGCUCAGACAAUAUGGGAUUCAUGACACGCGUAGUCAACUUCAUGGUGGCCCUCCUGGAACCGGUCCUCUGCAAGGUGGUCUACUCGCGGUUUGAUGGCGUGGCCAGUCGCUUCUUGCACACCGACACCACUGUGGCUGAGAUCUUCACCAGCGCCCCUGUGUGGUUGCUGAGGUACGACUUCACCAUGGAGCAUCCCCGGCCGCUCAUGCCCAACAUGGUGUUAAUUGGGGGCAUCAACUGCGGCGUCAGGAAGCCGCUGACGCAGGAGCUGCAGGAGUUUGUGGAGGGCUCUGGAGAGCAUGGCAUCGUGGUCUUCACCCUGGGCUCCAUGGUGGCCUCCAUGCCCAAGGAGAAGGCCCACAUCUUCUUCUCCGCCUUCGCACGCAUUCCACAGAGGGUACUAUGGAGAUACUCUGGUCCUCUUCCUGAUCACGUCCCGGACAAUAUCAAAGUGAUGAAGUGGUUGCCGCAAAAUGAUCUCUUGGGCCACCCCAAGGCCAAGGCCUUCAUCACUCACGGAGGUACCCACGGAAUCUAUGAGGGAAUCUGCAACGGCGUUCCCAUGGUGAUGCUGCCCCUGUUUGGCGACCAGAACGACAACGUUCUCCGCGUGGCCAGCAGGGGGGUCGGCGUGGUGCUCAGCAUCUUCGAUGUCACCUCAGACGCCCUUGUGGAGGCACUGGACAAGGUCAUCAACGACAGCAGCUAUCAGGAAAAAAUGAAGAAGCUGUCCGCCAUACACAAUGACAGGCCGAUGGAGCCACUGGACCUGGCCGUCUAUUGGACGGAGUUCGUGAUGAGGCACAAAGGGGCGGCGCAUCUGCGCCCAGCUGCACACGACCUGAACUGGGUCCAGUACCACAGCCUGGACGUGCUAGGCUUCUUAUUUAUCGUCAUAGCAACUGUCGUCUUGGUGACGAUUAAGUGCUGCUCGUUCUGCAUACGGAAGUGUUGUGGCGGGCGUUUGCAGAAGCCAAAGAAGGAUUAGAUGUGAUUUAUUUUUUUGUAUUUUACCCAGAGUAGUGCUCGACUACCGUUUCGACAUUAGCACUUUUGCAUCAGAGUCAAGAAAGGGAAAAAGGAGGAUUAGAUGUGUUUGAAGGGAAGCGUGCCUAUGUUCCCACAGCCCAUUGGUCCCACCGCAUAUUCCUGCUACUCCAUGUUCUCACAGUUCUAAGACUUUAUUCAAAUUUAGGCUCUAUGUUCCAAAGGUUUCUCUUAGUUUACUCGGAAAUGUGGGAACAUAGGAGUUAUGGAACAUAGGGCCUAUAUUUGAAUAAUUUCUUAAAAAUCUGGGAACGUGGAGCAGCAGGAAUAAGCUGUGGGACCAUUGGGCUGUGGGACCAACGGGCUGUGGGAUCAAUGGGCUGUGGGACCAAUGGGCUGUGGGAACAUAGAGCUGACCAAGUUGGGGGAGGAUAGAGUUUUUGGAGUGUCAUGCACUGACUAUACAAACGUUUUAACUACUGUGGCCUGUGUUGCACAGAAAUACCACAUGUGUCACCAUCCCCUUUUCUGGACUGGCUGUUUGUCCACCUCUUAUUAUCCAUGGUUACAAGGGCGGCGUCAUUACUAUUCGGGUAACAGCUCUAGUGCUACAUCAUUCAGAAGAUCUAUGGGCAGCAUAACCGGAACUAGCAAACAGGAAGUUCUGUGUUAGCCUCGAACAGCAUUGAAAGGGGCGGAGUUAGUGUGCGUUGUAAUAGGGUGGAUAAAGGGAGACUGAACACACUGAUUUUAAGAGAAACACAAACAGCUUGAUGGUUGCACAAUGUUGUGCCAACUUUAAAAAAAAAUGUUUUUUUUAAGCAAUGAAUGAAAUGGCCGUAUGUGUAAUAUGCCUACACUUGCAGGGCUGGCCAAACUGCAUUGAGAAAGUAAAAUCCCAUAUGAGAUAUUCUUUCAGCUGUUUUCAGGGACUGCAGAUGGAAAUGAGCUGUAUUAGCUAUAAUCUGGCACAAUAUAUCUUUUUACUUUUUUAAACAAUGGCUGGAUCUCAAAUGGCGCACUUGUGCACUUCGUGCACUAUGUUUCAGUGCGUAACUAAUACGGCAUACGCACUGAAACAUGAACACUAAAGUGCACAAGUGCACCAUUUGAGAUUCAGCCCAUGACUCUUGUGCAUGGACCCAUUUUGAACUAAACUAAAGUAAACUAACAGGUGAUUUCAACCUGUUCAAUCAGCUCAUUAUCAGCUGAGGAUGUGUGAGAAUUAGAAUCAGCUGUUUUGUUGAAUUGCUUGGAGCAAAUACGAUAUGAGGCAAGGAUUUUACUAUCUGAACUCAGAAUUUCAACCCUCCACUUGCCUGAAGCCAGAGGAACACACAACUGCCAAAACGGAUUUCAAGAGCAACACCAACGGCUAUGCAGUGGUGUAGUCUACUUUUUUGAGGUGGGUAUAUUGUAUAUUGUAGCAUUUUUUUUAAGUGGGUAUACUGAAUAUAUUUGUGCUAUUCAAAUCAAUGGAUCAAUCAAUUUUAAGUGGGUAUACUGAAAUCCCUGAAAUUUAGAAGUUGGUAUACUCCGUAUACCCGCGUUCUACGUAGACUACACCACUGCGGCUAUGGUAAUCAGCUUUUACCUCUACAUCAAUGAAGAACUGACAAACAGCUACCUGAUUUGUUCUGCAGUAGCCUAGUAUUUGAAACAUUCAAUCACUUUAACCACUAUUUUUGUAAGACUUAAAUGUCAGUUAAUGGCAUUUGUGCCUUGUUUGAAUAAUUGUAUAUUUUCUGUACUGUUUUUUGUUUGUUUCAAUGCGAUUACAUCUUCAGGCCUAUGCAUCUGUGUCAUGUAUGGACCACUGCUGUUUAAAUGUUGUGAUUUGUCGUGCACUGUUUUACCAGCUAGUUACCAAAUAAAACAAGGAACUAUAAA